CAAAGGAGCGCAAACUCCCACAUGAGUCAUGAAUAUGCAGAUCCCAUUCCCAGUCACUCUCCCGUGAAAGCACCUUUAUUGCAUUUAGCCACAAGACAUUUUCUCCUUUUUGCCAUAAUAUCUUCUUCACAAUUCGCAACCCACACACGUUGUGGCUGCCAUUUUUUUUUAUAUCUUUGUUUUAAAAAAAAUUCCACUUGAGCGUGCAAUCUCUCUUUUCAUUUGUUUGUUUGGUCAAUAUUCAAUUGCUUCCGGAAAUUGGGCUUCCAGAUAUUCACUCACACCGACUUGCAUACCAAGUGACACUCAUUUCAAGCAAAGGUGCAUCAUUCAUUGACGUGUUCAUCUCUUAGAAUUAGAGGAUAAUGGUGAAUUUAGGGUUGUUUUCUGAGAUCAAGCCUCUAGCAUCAGUGAAUGUGAGAUUCAGGAUACCCUAUUACACUCAAUGGGGUCAGAGUUUGGUUGUGUGUGGCUCUGAACCAGUUCUUGGUUCUGGAAAUGUGAAGAAGGGGCUUCUGUUGACCCCUUUCCAUGAAGGUGAUGCACUGAUAUGGGGUGGGAGUUUAUCAGUUCCAGCUGGGUUUCAAAGUGAGUACAACUAUUAUGUAGUGGAUGAUGAGAGGAAUGUGUUGAGAUGGGAAGCUGGAAAUAAGAGGAAAUUGUUGCUUCCUGAUGGAGUUGAAAAUGGAAAAGCAGUGGAGCUUCAUGAUCUUUGGCAGAAUGGUAGCGAUAGUCUUCCUUCUAAAAGUGCAUUCAAGAAUGUCAUCUUUCGCACCAGUAGCAAAUUGGCUAUUGAGAAACCACUUGGUACAAUCAAGAAUAAACUGGAUCAAGAAGAUUUAGUGAUUGUCCAAUUCAAGAUAUGCUGUCCGAAUAUAGCCGAAGGAACAUCAGUAUAUGUAAUUGGCAGCUUUGUGGAGCUGGGUAAAUGGAAGGUUAAUGAUGGACUUAAACUCAAUUAUGUUGGUGAAUCUAUUUGGGAAGGAGACUGUGUCAUACCAAAGGGCGCUUUCCCUCUAAAAUAUCCUUUCCAUAUGAGAGAUUUUUAAAGCUUCAGUAUAAAAUCUCAAAUUAUAUAAUCUUUCAGUUCAUGUAUCUUCCUUAACACCUUUUUCACAUACAAAUACUGUAAAUACGGGAAGAAUGGGAACUUCUCUCUAGAAUAUGGUUCGAAUAGGGAGCUCAUAGUUGACAUCUCAGCCAGUGGACCAAAUUAUAUUAUCCUAUCAGAUGGCAUGAUGCGAGAAAUGCCAUGGCGUGGUGCUGGUGUGGCAAUCCCAAUGUUUUCAGUGAGAUCAGAAGAUGAUGUGGGAGUUGGAGAGUUUCUUGAUCUAAAACUAGUUGUUGACUGGGCUGUUGACUCUGGCUUCCAUUUACUCCAGCUUUUGCCCAUAAAUGAUACUUCAGUGCACAAGAUGUGGUGGGAUUCAUAUCCAUACAGCUCUCUGUCUGUAUUUGCAUUGCACCCGUUAUACCUCAGACUCCAGGCUCUUUCAAAAAAUAUGCCAGAUGACAUCAAUCAAGAGAUACAAACAGCCAUGAAAGAGCUUGAUGGGAAGCAUGUAGAUUAUGAGGCUACCAUGACUACAAAGCUUUCAAUUGCUAAAAAGCUUUUCGAUUUGGAAAAAGAUUCAAUACUAAAUUCUACUUCCUUCAAGAAAUUCUUGUCAGAGAACGAGGAAUGGUUGAAACCGUAUGCAGCCUUUUGUUUCUUACGUGAUUUCUUUGAAACUUCAGACCACAGCCAAUGGGGCACAUUUAGUCAGUUUUCAAAAAAUAAGCUUGAAAAACUCGUGUCGGAGGAUAGCUUCCAUUAUGACAUCAUAUCCUUCCAUUAUUACAUACAGUACCAUUUGCACUUACAAUUAUCAGAAGCAGCAGAAUAUGCAAAAGAGAAAGGAGUGGUCUUAAAAGGAGAUCUCCCAAUUGGGGUUGAUAGAAACAGUGUAGACACUUGGGUGAAUCCAAAUUUAUUCCGUAUGAACACCUCCACAGGGGCCCCACCGGAUUAUUUUGAUAAAAACGGACAAAAUUGGGGGUUUCCAACUUACAAUUGGGAGGAAAUGUCUAAAGACAACUAUGCUUGGUGGCGUGCUCGUUUAUCACAGAUGGCAAAUUAUUUCACGGCCUACAGGAUAGAUCACAUUUUGGGUUUCUUUAGAAUAUGGGAGCUUCCGGAACAUGCAACUACAGGUCUAGUUGGAAAAUUCCGACCUUCUAUACCUCUUAGCCAGGAAGAGCUUGAAAAAGAGGGAAUAUGGGACUUCGACCGCUUAUGCAAACCCUACAUCCUUCAGGACUUUUUACAGGAAAAAUUUGGACCAUCUUGGAUAGUUUUAGCCUCUCAUUUCAUGAAUGAAUAUCAGAAAAACCGUUAUGAGUUUAAGGACGAUUGCAACACAGAGAAAAAGAUUGUGGCGAAGCUUAAAUCACUAAUUGAGAAAUCAUUGUUGUUGGAAAGUGAAGACAAGUUACGCCGUGAUCUUUUUGAUCUUCUGCAGAAUGUGGUGCUUAUUAGAGACCCCGAGGACGCUACAAGUUUUUAUCCUCGUUUUAACCUAGAAGAUACAUCAAGUUUCAAGGAUUUGGAUGAACACAGCAAAAACGUUUUUAGAAGAUUGUAUUAUGAUUACUAUUUUAAUCGACAAGAGACUCUUUGGCGCCAAAAUGCUAUGAAGACUUUGCCUGCUCUUCUAAACUCAUCUGAUAUGCUCGCAUGUGGAGAAGAUCUAGGCCUAAUUCCUUCUUGUGUUCAUCCUGUUAUGCAAGAACUUGGAUUAAUCGGAUUACGUAUUCAACGUAUGCCAAGUGAAUCUGAUUUGGAGUUUGGUAUUCCUUCUCAAUAUGGGUAUAUGACGGUAUGUGCUCCAUCAUGCCAUGAUUGUUCUACCUUACGUGCAUGGUGGGAAGAAGAUGAAGAUAGAAGACGUUCUUUUUUCAAAACCAUGGUGGGGUCCAACAGUUUGCCACCUAAGCAAUGUGUUCCAGAAAUAGUAUAUUUUGUGCUGCGUCAGCAUGUUGAAUCUCCAUCCAUGUGGGCAAUUUUCCCUCUACAGGAUUUGUUAGCCCUAAAAGAAGCAUACACAGCACGCCCUGCAACAGAGGAGACGAUCAAUGAUCCCACAAAUCCUAAACAUUACUGGCGAUUCCGUGUUCAUGUGACAAUGGAAUCCCUGUUGAAAGACAAACAACUUACAACAGCGAUUAAAGAACUUGUUCGCGGGAGUGCAAGAUCAUAUCCUGGUCAAGAAGAGGAGGCGAAUCUUGUGGUUAUUUCUGAGAAGCAACAAAUUAAAAACGAGGAGGAGAAGGAGAAGAUUCGUGUCACAAAUCAAGAUCCAAAAAUCACAAGCAUUGCGGUUCUGUAAGGUUUUAUUUUACAAGUUACGUAUGAUUCCAGGAGUUGUUUCACUUUGUUGACUUUUGGUGUGGAUCAUUGUUGCCAUAAGUGCAUGUAAAUCGAUGCAUUUAUGGUUUUGUGUUUAUAAGAUGCAUAUCAAUCUGGGAUUCCGACACUUUAAAAGCAAAUGCUGCAAUAAAAAAAAAUUCCUAUUUUUAGCUCA